AUGCUGCCGGCAACAUGGACGCAGUUCCUCCAGGAACCGGGAAAGUAUGUCCUGGCCUACAACCAUCAUUUCGUUGCGGCCAGGACUGAUGAGGAUGGUGCAACGUAUGUGAAUUUCAGUAACAGAACCCACAUGUGGCAUCGAUUUUUUUUUUUUUUUUCUGCAACGGGACAUGCGUUUGAGCAGUUUCUUCCGGGUUCUUAUCUGGUUGCCUGCCCUGCUGCGUUCGAUCUCGUCUGCAAAGUCUCGACCAUCAACCAGGAUCCUGCUUCGUCUUUGACAGUAGACAUUAAUGACACGAUGGAGUACUCCGGAGGCAAGACGUUGCUCACGUCGGCUCAGGAUGUGGUUCACUUUAUGCAAACAGCGGCGUGGGAGACUGAGUCGUUGCAUCAGCCACAGCCCACGCGGGCCAUGCUGUUAGCCGGGCAACCUCUCGCGAACUUCAUUCAGCUGGUUGAGCAGGAAGAGAGGGCUCUUGAGUCUGAUUCGGACGAUGGCUUCUGGGACAUUCGCCCUGAUUGGUACGAUCGCUGGCAGAGAAUGCGCCUCCGACGAACGGAGGAGUACACGGGCGGAGCCUUGCCAUUGGAGGUCUUGGGCUCUUUGCCUUCCUACUUCUUCUCCUACCAAUAUCUGCAGGCCUUGGCAACAGCGUCAAAAACGAUGCAUGCCGCAGUACAAAAUCACGACCAAUGGAAGGAUCGAGUGAUCCCUCUGAACAACGCUGAGUUCCAUGAUGUUCCUACGCUUCGAGCUAUGAGUGAUAUGUACAGCGCAGCACGUGCCACUAUCGUGAACGUACGACAGCUUGCCAUGUUUAUCACUGUGCCCGGCAAUGCCUAUGUGGAAUGGAGCGCUAUUGGUGUGCGGCCACAACCAGGCUCAGGGCCGGGCAGCCUUAUGGGUGGUUUUCAUUCCUCGCAGCCGCUCAUGGGAGGUGCUGCUUUUGACCUGAGCCUGCCUUCAAAAGCUAUCGGAGUAUACAUUGGUGUUCACGAACACCACGGUACCCGGCGCUCCUAUUGUCGCAUCGACAAUCUGUUUAAAGAGAGCUGUACUUUCUCCUUCGGUUUGACUGGAUCUCCUCCACAGCCGCACUUCAAGAGAAACAGGCCAGAGAUUCUUCCCAAUGUGCCAGUCCGGUAUCGUUUGCGAUGGAACGAAAGAAUCUUUUCCCUUUCCAUGAAUGGAGAGGGAGUUUCAACUGCUCGGCUUCGUGAUCAUGUUCCAGACACCGCACCUUGCCUUUCCAAGCUUUUCAUUUGGAUUUUUACAAGGCCAGGGCCAGAAAAUGAAGCAGCUUGGCUUCAGGAACUACCAUCUCUCAUCCAACUGAACGCACGGCUCGAGUGUCCUGUUUGUAAUCAUUCUGGUACAUUGAUGCAACCACGGUGGUCUGUGUGUCCUGAGUGUUGUACCUGGAUCUGCUCGCGCCAUGUCGGAACGACUCCGUGGCGAAACUGCCUUCAUUGCGGCGGUCACUUCUCAGACUAUAUGGGUGGCUCUUCGUCGGGAUGCGACAUCGUCGACGACAUUGGUUUUGGUCCAGCCACCAACCCAAUGCCUUAUGUCGCUGCAACCAAUUUUCACCGGGCCACCCUGCUUGGCUGUGCGACACACUCGCGUGACAAGCCCUCUCAAGUAGUGUUGGAGCUGCUUCGCAGGCAUGCAGAACUUUUCCGCGUGAAUCCAGCAGCACUGCUUUUCUUACCGGAUCCAACGCAACGUACUGUCAUGAGUAAGCGCAGAUGGGAGAAGCUUCUGUAUCGUGGACGAGUGAUUGUUGAUUUCCUGGAACAGGAGAUGGACUACAUGCUCUUCAUGUACUUACAUGCGGAAACAAGUCAAUGUUCCAGCGUGGGUGUACUGCUUCAAGAUUUGCCUCACCCACUGACGUGCUCGCCUGAGGAGGCACAAGGGUGGCGCCGCAAGGCUCUGAGGAUCGCCCUUCGCGUACAUCUGACCUUAGCAGGGCAGGAGCGUGAUCGUUCUGAUGCGUGGCAAGAGCAAAGUGGUGGCAGUUCGCAGGAAGGGUUAGAAGGGUCAUUCUUUGCUGCUGGCUGGACGGACCCACUGCCACAAAUCGUUGGAAGAUCACUUGGAAUGUUAUCGUCCAGUGGUCCAAUUUUCGUCAUGACGAGCAAGCCAGAGCAGGACAGUCCCGACCGGGUUCUUCCAUGCACCCCGCUGCGAGAGGCCAACAAAGUGGAGAUGGAUGCACGCCUGAGCUUCCAGACAGAAGGGCACAGAUACUUCUGCGACGGUAAUCCGGUCAGCAUCAGUGUAACGGGUCUCAUACACCAAUUCUCGGAGGAGUUUGAUGCGGACGCCGCACUAAUCAAGAUGAAAUGUGGCACCAGAUGGCCGCGGCCGGAGUACAUCCGACCAGAUAUUAACCGAGAUGCGCUGCUGCUUCUCCUUCAGAGAGCUGACUGCCCGGAAACACAAGGUCUUGCGAAGUUGCUUCAAGAUUCUACUCCCGAUGCUUCAGACCUAUGUGCAGACUUGCUACGAGCGCAGAACGGCCUAGCGGAGGUUUGGACAGAAAUCCUAAGCUUGGUCACGAUGUCUGACCAGGAAAUCCUCGACUACUGGCAGACGAAGCGAGACUGCGCAGCAAAGGCUGGCACCUGGAUGCACAUCUUGUUCGAACACAUGCUCAAUGGCUUUCAUGUCGUGCCUAAGUCCAUGUCCCGAGAACUGUCCAUGGCAGUCAACUUCUUGAAAAAGUACAAGCAUUGCGUUGCCUACAGGACAGAGUGGACAGUCUAUGCCAAGGAAGAGGAUGUUGCAGGUUCCAUAGACUUCGUUCUGCAAGAUCCUGAAGAUGAUGGCUUGAUCUUGAUCGAUUGGAAGAGAAGCGAAAAGCUAGCGUCAAAGUAUGCUUCCCCGAACUGCAUGAAGCAUCCCCUCGGCGAGUUGCAAGAUGCUCAAGGCCAACACUAUCGUCUACAGCUCAACAUGUACAAAUGGAUUCUAGAGAAUCACUACUCCGUCAAGGUGAAGGAAAUGGUUGUGUUCUGCGCACACCCGCAGUUUUUCCCGGAUGGUUUCACGGACAUUGUGCCGAACAUGCAAGAUCUCGUCGAUGCAGUUAUGGAGAAGAGACGCAAUGAUCUCAGCAACGAAGCCGCAGCGGGUGUCGACGGCUCAGCUGCAGUGGACAGCCAAUCUGCUUUGGCAAUGGCCGUCGAGUUUGACGUGACGACAUCUCAGCCUGCUGCUGAAGAAGCCAUGCCCGUGGUCCUGUUCGAUGCUCACGAAGGGACCAAGAAACGAAGACAAACAGAGGCUGCGCAGCAAACGGCAACAUUAUUCCGCGCUCAUUUCCACAAAGCAGCUGAUGCGAGCCGUGCCUUCAUGGAAGGCUUGCCGGGGGUGGAGCCCGGGUCGGCGCCGCGAACAAUUCUACAACAUACGAACCAGCUGUUCCAGUAUGUUCGUUCCCUGCAGGCAGGAUGGCCGGAUCAAAUGGUCCGUCUCGCUGCUGCAGCUCUGACGGUUUACCGCACAAGAUACACAGACCUUUUCAUUCGGGAUCACGUCGCUCUCCUGUGGGUGAUGGAAGGAGGGCAUUUCCUGAGAUCGCACGGAGGUGUCUGCUACUUGUACCACGAGCGCGGUGCCUUCGAAGCAUUGUCGGGUGUUCCGCCUGAGUCUACCUUUACCCGUAUCAAGCCGUUCCUGCUCGCCUUGGAAGGUAUCUUCAGACUGCUACCCUCGGACACGGAGAGGACUGACGGUGCAGUCAUAGGUGGGAUCGACGCAUGUCUGCGUGAGUUCAACAACAUCCCAGAGUACAUCAACGAAUGCAUGGACAGCUCCGUGCUCUCUCUGCACUCUGGUCGCAGCAGAGGUGGUCGUGAGCGUCAAGAGGCUGAUGGGCAAAGGCCACACGGCAGCGGGUGGCCCCUGGCCAUUGCUGAGAUGAUCUCCAAGAUUAGCGGACCUAUGCAGAAAGGUCUACUCGAAGAAAGGUCUUUGCUGCGUCUGGUCGUUGAAUGGUGCGACACUCCGUCGGAACGUGAGGCUGGCUGUGCCUUUGCAGACUGCUGCAUUCUGUACGAUCGUGGCCCGAACGAACUCUGCACUUUCGCUUUACCUUCGCCUGCAAACAAUCUCUACAUGCGGAUACCGCAUCCCCUUCGCGAUCCUGUGCUCGAAGGUGCACGCAGUCGUCUCGAGAAGUUCUACGAACAAACCUUUUGGUGCAACUCGGAGUUCUUUCAAUGUUGUCAGGCAGCCAUCGCCCUCGCCAAGCGUGGGGAGAACAUUGACAGAUGCUUUAUUGGGGAAAGUGGCGGAGGUGCCGGACAAGGUCUAUACAGCAGUCAUCUGGCCGCCGUGUACAGACACAACCAUGCCUUCAUUGACCCGAACCUAUGGCAUAAUGAAGAUGAACUUCGAAAGCAGUUGGAGCAGUUUUCUUCUGCCUGCAUUAUCACUGCACAAGAGAAGCCAGAGAGCAAUCGUCCCUUUCGAGAAGAUCUCUACAAAAAGAUGGUGAGCGCAGAUGACCUGGCUGCACGCAAGCCAUAUGGUUACGUCACACGAAUGUUGCGGGUAGUUGGCUGGAAGCGCAUCGAGACGAAUGAUCUCAUGACAUUCAAGAAUAUCUCCGAGGAAGACCGAGCUUUUCAGAUCUUGAGACGCCAAGUGCUGGAGACUUCCCUUGCUGCGCAAGAUCUACAAGCUCAGCGGCUGGACGGCAACGGUCAGCCUUUUUUGUUUCAAGGGUUGAAGAUCCAAGGUUAA